UUGUUUUUAGUUAGUUACCGCCUCUCCGAUUGACGUGUUGUGUGUCGGUUUUUCUCUUCGGGGUUUUUGUGUGUGGGUCGAUUCGCGCGCGCGAUUUUUCCACGUAAAACACACACACACACAAACGUCGGUACGUUUCGCCGGGAUUUUCCGGAUUUCCGGCUUGUUGUCGGCGGUUGGUGUUGUGCUUGUACAAUAUACUAUUGUUGAUAUGAAACUUGUCCCGAAAAUAAAAACAGCAGCAGCAGCAGCAAAAAAAACUUAAAAAUAAUUGAAAUUCCAGUUUGAAAACAACCUCACCGACUGAUAGUGUGGCUGAGCUGCAGCAGGUGAAAAAGUGAAGGGUUGAAGAAAAUAAAAAAGAUUUAUUAAAGUACACAGCAGCAGCCCUCAGAACCGCGGCGUUGUUUUGGUGUUGUCGAAAGUUGAAGUCCAAACUUCUUCUGAGGAAAAAAAAGAAGUGGGAAAAAAAGUUGGAAAGAUUGUAUGUGAGUACGUAAGAGCGGAGCACAUCCAUUCCAUAAGGAGCCUGGAAAAAAUAAAUAACUUAACCUCAAAGAAAGCAAAAAAAAAAGGAAGAUUGAAGGAAAGUUGUUCCUUGUGUUGUUGCUGUUUGUAGGGGGGUUAAAAUAUGUGUAAAAUUUAAAGAAGGUAGCAGAAAGGAGCAAAAAGUGUGAACCAAUAAAAAAUAAAGCAACCAAAAAAAGAAAAGAUAAGCAAAAUCUGGGUGACACAGCGAAGAAGUUGACGUGCGAAAUAAGCUCAGUGUAGUUGGGAUUGCAGGAGCUUGGCCAGUACUUGUGUGUGAGAUGGCUUGAUGUUUUAUCGAAGGUGUAGUGCUUUUAUUGGCGUUGUGCAAGCCCUCUAGAGAGUGUGAUUUGUGGCUAGUGAGAGAAGAAAAAAAGUGCGUUGGUGCGUAGCAAACCAAUUUAUAAAAAAAAAGUUAAGAAGAAGCAAAAUAGAGGUAAUAAAAUAAAGCAGAGAGGAAAAAUCGAAGAAAAUAAAUAAAAGUGUAUUAAUCCACUCCAACGAGGAGGUCGCAAUUGCGUAAGAUUAUAUUUUGUUCGCUGCACAUUUUUCCCAGUGUGCCCACGAAAGCCUUACACAAGGAAAAGAAAAAAGAAUAACCAGGAGUCCAAUUUUAUUGGCAACACCGUGAAGAAAAAGAAAAGUGUCCCAAAACAAGUCGCCACCCCCCUUUCGGCUGAAGCAGUCCUGUCGAGUCGUUGUUACGUGAUCCGCGCUAAUAAAUUGGAAAUUGAAUAGAAGAAACCUAAUUAAGUGGGGGGCCGCAUUACUCGACGACCAGAAGUCGACGUUUUAAUCGUGGGGUCCACACGUGUGUGCAUGUUCGACGACGAGGUUUCGAGCUGAGCUUUCGAAGGGCAGCAGCAGUUUUUGGCAGUUGUGUUUUCCAGCAGAGAAGGCAACAGUAGCAGCGCCGUCGGGCGGAGGUCGCGAUUGUUCUGAUUACUCAAUUUCAGAGAGUUACACCAUCAAGACGUCGUCUUCGGAAAAGCCGCCGCCAUCUCGGUCACAUUCAAACAGUUCUCAUGGGCCACCGUGGCGGAAAAUUGCCGCCGCGAUGUCCACACUCACUAGCAACGCAAACAGCAACAACAACAACCUUAUCAUCACCUCACCAGCGACCUCGUCCAGUUCCAGCAACAACAACAACUGCAACGCCAUCAACAACAACAAUCCGGGUACGCCGAACCAAAGCCAGAACCAGCAGCACCAGAGUGCGCUCGCUUCCGGCGUUAGCAGCGCCAAGAGGUUGCUUCCGUUCGCCCGCAGCAUGUCGUCGUCGUCGAACGGCGGAGCUGGUGGGGGCGCUCCGGGUUCCACCGGAGGCAUUCCGGCCGAGUUGAACGUGGUGCUGCACGGGUACCACCGGAAGCUCAAGACGAACAAGAAGAAGUACUUUGUGGUGUACGACGAUCUGCCGAACAAGAGUGCCCGCCUGGAGUACUUUGACAGUGAGAAGAAGUUCAAGCAGUCGUGGGUGAAGAACAGCUCGGUGCACGCGAAGCGCAGCAUCAUUCUGCGCAACUGCUUCAACAUCAACAAGGGGCACGACCCGAAGAAGCACGUGAUCGCGCUGUACACGCGCGACGAUUGCUUCAGCAUUGUGUUUGACAGCGAGGAGGAGCUGAACCGGUGGCUGAGGACGCUGUGGUCGCUGCAGAGGGGAGAGGAAGGAGCGGAGGGCGAGCCGCCGAGACCCACUUUUGAGCACGUCUGGGAUGUGUUUGUCCAGCGGAAGGGCCUCGGCGACAGCUACGGCAUCCUCGGCAACUACCGGCUGUGCAUCACGGACAAAACGCUGUCGCUGGUCCGGAUCGGGCCCCCGACCACGGUCAACGGGGACAGCCGCGUCGAGCAGGUCGAGUUUUCGCUGGCCGCGAUUCGGAGAUGUGGCGCCUCGCAGCGUUACUUCUACCUGGAGGUCGGCCGGAGCACAAAAACCGGCGCCGGCGAAAUCUGGAUGGAGGCCCAGGACGCUAUGAUUGCCCACAACAUGCACACAACGAUCAUGAAAUCUGCCAAAAACAAGGACUGCGACAGCCUCGGCCCGAUGCGGAAUCGGUCCUCGUCGGCGAACGCGGCCUCCAAGCCGACUCAGAUGCUGGUCCGCCGCCAGACCCACACCGGUCAGAAGCCGAUCAACUGUUCGCCCUCUGGUGAAGAGCCGGGCUCGCCGGUCCCACAUGCAUCACCCUAUGCACCGGGUUCCGAGUCCUCCUCGUCGGCCACUAGCACUAAUACCGUAGUUAUGGUCCCGCCAAAUUCAAAUUCCGGUCAAAAUUUGAGCAAACCCAAUCAAAACCAACCGUCGUCGCCGUCACCAUCGACGGCCAGUGGGGGACCCCUCGGCGGUGGCAACUCCCCCUCCCCCUUUCCCUCGUUCCCCUCGCCGACGCCCUCCUACAGCGGCAAGAGCGCGAUCAAAAAGCCCAAACUGGCCCCGCCCCCCGAGGAGGAGGCCGUCACCCUGUCCUCGUACACGUCCCUGGUCCGCCAGCCGUCGUCCCCCGGGGGUGUCCUCCUUGCACCACAACCAGCACCACCCACACCACCUGCAGCACCCUCACUGGCCAUUCUGCCGCCGUGCUCCAAUGGCGGCCCCGGCGCGACCAACACUGAGUUCCCACCACCAGCACCACCGAGUGACCACGCCGGUGAACCCUCGUCGACGGCCCUGAUGUUGCCCCCGUCGCCAUCGUCCUCACUGAGCAAGUACCCUCGGUAUCACCAGCCACAAACCCACCACCAGCAGCAGCAAGCCUCGUUGGCCAACGGAGGCAGCUCCGGGAGUUCCGAUUCGUCGUCCUGUUGCUCGUCGACGGCCAGCAUCCAGACGGCGAUUACGGCCUCGAUGAGGGCCGCUGCGGUGGCCGUCGUGGGGGGAUGCGGGGGUGGUGCCAUGCUGCCCCCACCGACGCCACUGUCCACGGGUAGUCAGGCUGCCGCCCGCGGCUCGUCCCUUUCGCUGGGGGUGUUGACGAGGAGGGGCGGUGGUAGUAACAGCAGCGGCGGCAGCUCCGGCGGUGGGAACAACUGCGGAAAUCCGCUGUAUCUGUCGACGAUUCCGUUGAGACGGCUGAGGAACUCCUUGCGGAGGCACUCGAUUUCAGGUGCCGCCAUAGCCCGCGAACGCUGCGACAGUCUUCCGUCGCGCAACAGGACCUCGAGUGAAACCAGCACGGUAGCGGGAACAACCCAGCAGCAGCAGCAGCAACUUCACCUCAACAGCGGCGGAAUGCCACCGCCGCGGACGAUCCCUUCGGCCUCGGCCUUCCACCAGCGGCCCCACUCGAUGGUGAUGGUCCAGAACCGGCAGAGCCACAGCCACAGCCCGCCCGUCCACUCGUCCCCGCUGAGCCCGCCGUCGACCGGGGCAUGCUCGACCGGCAGCGACGGGUCCUCGCUCAGCAUCGACGAAACGGACAGCUUCGUCGAUCCGCUCACCCCGGACGAGGGCAAUGGCUUUCCCAAGGUCAUUAAUCCGCUCAGCUCGGGAUGUUCGAUCCCGGAGGAAAACUCCGACGAGUACAUCCACAACUACGGCCGGAUCAACCAGCGACUUUUUGGUCAGCACCGCUCGAUCGAGGAGUUUGGCAGUCAUGCGGUCAGAAGGGGCAGUCCGGCACCACCAGGAGGCCACCACUCGCAGCUUCACCACAACCUGCAACAACAACAACAACAGCACCACCACCAUCACCAGCAGCAGCAGCAGCAGCACACGCCCCAAAUGUCCGGCUCGGUCGAGGGCAACUACAUGGACAUGUGCAGCCCCUGCGGAAGCUCGCCGGGCGAUCCGUCCGGCAACGGGGGCUACAUUCCGAUGUCACCGGUGGCCGAUUAUCCGAGGGGCCUCUACACGGGCAGCUCGAGCGCACACUCGCGCGCCUCCAGUCUCGCGGAGGACGUCCCCGACGGUUAUGUUCCUAUGGCACCCGGUGGCACCGUCGUCGUCGCCGGCGCCAACGCCACCACCAGCUCAGCCUCAACCUCAGCCGCCCCGGAAGAAUCCUACGUGGACAUGGAACCCGCGAGCCUGCGCAGCAGCAGCACCCACGUCCCGACGCCGGGCAUUCCGACGCCCUCCGCUGGCAACGGGAACAUCAGCUCGGCGGCGUCCAGUUGCAGCAUCACGAGCGGAACUCCGUCGACGGAUAUGCGCUUUUCGGCGUACCACUUGGAGAAGGUCGAGGCGCGGUUUACGCCGAGUGAGGACGACGAGAUGGAUCGACCGCUGCGGACGUACUCGGUGGGCAGCCGGUUGGAGCAUAACAAGCGGAAGUUGAGGGUGGAUAUGCUGAGUUCAGCGGUUGAGAGUGGUGGCGCGGGGGGGAAUUCGCGAGUGCGAGCGUUUUCGGUGGGUUCGCGGGCGAAGGUUCCGCGGUCGGAGUUGUAUAAGGGCAGUGGUGGGGCGCCGAUUACGGCGCCACUGCUGUCGGCGGGGAGUUCCGGGAGUAUGCAGGAGAGUGCGAGUGGGAGUGGGAGCAUUACGAACACGUCGACGAUCGGUGGGAUGGUGGGGUCGGGGUCGAGUUCGAGUGUUGGGAAGGCUGGGGCAUCGGGGACGUCCGCGACGUCGGGUAAGAAGUCGAUCAGUGCGCCGGUGUUGGUGAGUAGUAAGCCGCACGGGUCGUUCGACCCGAUGGACGACCUGAUGGAGAUUGACUUUGGUGCGUCGUAUCACGGGGGAGAGCCGGAGAGUAGUACGCCGCAAAAGGGGAUGGGAAUGGAGGAUUACAUGGAGAUGGGAGCGGUUGGGGGAGCGGCCACUUCAGCGAUCGAUACCGGUUACAUGGAGAUGAAGCCGGGUCAUUUAGCGCCGGUGCCGCUGGAGGAGAGUGACUACCUGGACAUGAAGCCUGGUUGCUACGAGCCAAACCUGUCGACGAAGAGCACGAGUUCGCCGAUCACGAUCAACUCGCCGAAGAAGUUCAACGGUGGUGGUGGGGCCGGCGGAAGUAACAACAACAACAACUACCUGGAGAUGUCCCCGCGCGGUGCAGGGCCAUCGUCACUGUCUUCCUCUUCGCAAACGCAACGCAAAGUACCUUCGGAUGAUUACCUGAACAUUAAUCCGCUGAUGGUGGGUGGUGGAAGUGGUGGGGGUGCCGGAACCGGUGGCGACAGUGGCAACGAGGACAAGAUGACACACGACGAGGACGAGCUGCUGGUGGCGCCGAGCAGCGCCCCCGAGGGUUACAUGGAGAUGUCCUGGAACCAGAACAAGUCUAGUCUUGGGGCGAAGGUCGAGCCGGCCGUUUCGGACGAGUACAUCAAUAUGGAUUUCACGCGCAAGGAACUGCCCGAGUCACGGCUCAGCUCGCAACCGAUCGCGAUCCAGUCGGGUGGGUUGCGCGUCGUUGGGGACCUGAUGAUGGAACCAAAGAUGGGCGGUGCGCCGUCCAAUAUUCCAAACUAUCUUCCGCUGAAUCCGGCCCAGCAACGACACGGUUCGGCCCAGAUCGGGUUCAGUCCCCGGUCACGGUGUGACUCCCGGGACAGUGGCAUCGUGACGCCUUCGGGCAGCCAAGCAACGAUCUUCCCCUUCAGUCCGGGCAGUCCCAUCAAACCGUUCGUCCAGGCGGAUCCUGACAAGUGCCUCAUCGACGGAACGAGCGGAACGCUGCUCAUCACCGAAAUGGACGAGCACAGCGAAGAAUCGAACGAAUCCCGCGUCGAGGACCUUAGCCAUAACUAUGCGGAGUUGAGUCUGCAGCAACCUCACACGAGCAACCUCAAGACUGAAAAAAGUCGGCCAAGUUCCUUCAAGCGAACCUGCACCACGACGACGACCUGCACCAGCACGCGGACGUCGGCCUCCGUCGUGACCACCGUCAAAUCCGCCGCCGUCGAAUAUCCGGACUACGUCAACUGCAGUCCCGUUACCACGCCCGUCACACCAAAGCCAACGUCCACUCCCAUGGUAGUGGGCGAUGACCAGGCCGGUGACUACGCCAUCAUGAACCCGGCCGCCACCGCCACCCUCCGCAAGCUGUCCAGCACCUCAUCCCAAUCCGAACUGGCCACACCCUGCCCAAACAACCCAUCCACCUCCUCCUCCACCAGCGACGUCGGUCUUCCUCCCCUCCUGGGCAAAAAAUCCAGCACGAUCGGCUUCCGGCCGAUCACUUCCAGCCAGGACGACGCCCUCCUCCGCAAAACCGCCAGCGGCGUCUCUCCCAAACCGGCCUUCGCGCGGCAAUUCUCCGAACGUCGCCCCACCGGCACGGACGCCUCCGGCUACGAACUACUCCAACGGUCCGCGUCCUCCCGACCCAACAGCGUCAACAGCGAAAAGAUCGGCUGCGGCACCGCCGCCACCAAAUGCCCUCCCUCCGCCGGCUCAACCCGGCCCAACUCCGCCAACUCGGACCGCCUGCCGGUCGUCAUAUCAGCUACCUCAUCGUCCGCUUCCUCCACCUUGACCCUCUGCGAAAGCAAAAACCAAAGCCCGAUGGCGUCAACCGCAACGCUAACGGACCAACCCAUCGUCUCCCGCCCACCCUCGGUAAGUUCCGAACGGGAGCUGCACUACGCCAGCCUCGAUCUACCGCCCUGCGGUACCAACCCGCCCCCGGCCACCCGCAUGGACGUCGACCCGGCGCCCAGCGACGCGCCAACGCCCGACUCGCUCAACUCCAGCCCUAGUCCCAACUCUGGAUGUACCUCGCAGCAGCCGCAGCCCCAGCAGGGCGCCUUCACGUACGCGCAAAUUGACUUUGACCGGACGGGGGCGCCGAUUCCGCCGAAGGCGGCCACCGGCGGGCAACCGUAAGAACACUUGUCUUGUAGUAGCAACAGAGAGAGGAACCCUGAAACUGCCAAUCCGGGGGGAAAGCCCUCCCCCGGAAGAAGCCUGGAAAACCCUCGGCGAUUGUUUGUUAGAAGGUUCGCCACCUUCCCAAAAAAAAAAAGAGAAGAAAAUCGAGAGAGAGAACGUGUGUUUCGGAAAACAAGCCGAAACGGUGUAAAUAUAUAUUGAAUCCAAAAUCGAAACAAAACAACAAAAAAUACAAGAUUCUUUGUUACCUGAGCAUGUCUUCGCCGAAUGAGCAAGUUGUUGUGUACAGAAACGAGAGCGAGAAUGAGAGAGCGGCGCGCGUGAUUGUUGUAUUUUUGUUAAGGUCUAGAGCGUUCCGGACACGUCAGUGCAGUGAAUCGUUUCGUCUUUGUUUUUGUAAUGUGUAACAAAAUGAGAGCAGAAAAAAAAGUUAGUGGUUAAGUGUCCGGAGAAAGAUGGAUAAAUAAGAAGAAGAAAGUUGAGAGAGAACAAUAUUCCAAAAAACGUAGUCUAAUGAAGAGAAGAAAAAAGAAGAGUAAAGGUGAAAACCCCCCAAAAAUAAAGAAGAAAAAAAUGAAACAAACAAAUCCUUUGACGAGAUAACGAUGAGAUGAAAUUUCAAAUGCCAAAAUAAGCUUUACUUGAUUUUUUCUUGAUUAACAACAACAACAACAAACACACACACUGUUUCUUUGUUCUGUUUAACACUUUCAGCAACGAAAGUUAGAAGAAUAUUAAACAAACACACACACACGACUAUUAGGUUAGUAGGUUUAAGAGCAUGAAAAGAGGGAGAAAGUGUAAGCAAAUGGUGAGGAAAACAACACACACAUUAACAUUAAAGAUGCAUACACAUAAAAGUUUAAUCGAUAAGUAAAUUAAUUGAGCGUAAGUUUAGACUAAUAUUAAAUGAGAGGAUAAAAGCUAUAGAAAACUUUAUUUUUUAUUAAGGAAAAUCAAUUUUUAGUCCUUAAGGGAGGUUAGAUUUAGGAAGGAAGAAAGUAUAACUUAUACAUAUUUAAGUUUAAGAAAGUAAAGAAAAUAAAGGUAAAUUUAAAAGUGAAGAGGAAAAUAUCUAUAUACUAGAAAGAGAGGGAAUGUGUAAGUAAUGUAACUGUAGCGAACUCACUCAUAAACACUCACACACACACAGGUUGGAACCUCUAAACUAUUCAUAUUCACAUUUACAGAAAAA